AUGCCAAACCUCUCCGACCUUCCAUAUGAAAUCCGCCUCCUCAUCUGGGAGGCCCUCCUCCACCAACCUCGCACCGUAUACCUAAACAUGCGCGAGUUCCCCCCAAAGGAGCCCGACGCUGACGCCUAUGUCUGCGGCGGCUACAACCAAGAAUCCGUCUAUCAAUGUCUCUGCUCCACCCCGGCGCCCAUACUUCUACACAUCUGCCACGAAACACGCGCUUUGGCCUUGGGUCAUUACGAACUUGCAUUCGGCUGGGCGCACUGCCCGCCCUUGCGACAAGCCGGGGUGGUGCUUCACCACGGCUUCUCCGCCAAGGGUCAAGAAUACCCAACAACGACCAUCGAAAGUAAUGCCGCAGAAGUCGCGAAACAUUGCGCAAAAGUAUACUUUAAUUUUGACCAUGAUACCGUUGUUUUUGGGCGAUUCUUGCCGAGCAGCAGCAGCAGCAACGGUGUGUCCAGGAGGGCAUAUUUCCCGUUUGGGGAACAAUUUGAUGUCGCUAUGUUGGCGAGGAUUCGAAAUCUGGCGGUGAAUAUUGAUAUUGCCUCUUCUGUGCUCCCAUUCUUAAAUUUAUCGCCUGGGUCGGAGCGGUUCUCGAGUUUGAGGAAUUUGUAUGUAUAUAUCGAGUCUGAUGAUCCGGGGCGUCGUCCUAGACGGGUUGUUGAGCUCGUAGAUCUUACAGAAGACAGGGAGGUAGAAGAUGGCAGAAGAGAUCUCACUCAAAGGCUUCUAGAGAGAUUCAAAAAUGUCUUUGGACGGCGCGGUGUAACGGUUGCAUUAAAGACGAUUUGUAAAGAUGGGUUGGGUUUUUGGCGGUACCUUGGGCUGAGGGACUCGUUGCUGAAGAAUGGGGGGGAUCCAGACAAGCUUUUGAAGUGUGUCUGGCUCAGAGAAAUGGACACUACCUAG